AUGUGCGAUCCGUGUCGAUUUUUAAGGAGGUGCAUGAGCUGCCAUGGCGUUUGCUGUCCUCGGCCAAGUUGCUGUGAGCGAUCAUGCUCCCUGAAUAUGAGGAAUUGUCGCGUCGUGUUUCCUGGGGAGUACCAAAAGUUCUCGGACAUGGUGACACCCAGUUUUCUUCUGAAGUCGCCAAAGAGCCCGAAAAAAAGGAAACGCUCGAAAAGUUGCUCAGCCUGUGAGGACAGAUGUAAGGAUAUGUGUUCGAACAUCGAUACAUGUGCGGAGGGAUGUGAGGAAGGGAAUGGGAAUAACCAGCAGAAUCCUGAAGAUUGCGAACCAAACGAUGUGGCUAGGACUGGAGCAUAUGGACCUGGAAUGCAAAGCUUUCCAGGAACAGGCUUUGGCUUCCAGCCGGGACAACCUACUAUUAUUCCGUGUUAUGGAACCUACGGACCGACCGGAAAUGCAAUGAUUUUUGGUAUUCCGCCACCUACCCAAUAUGGAAACUUUGGUGUCCCUGGUCCCAUGGUUUUACCAGUGGCUCAACCAACCUCGGUAGGUCAGGGAGAUCCAAGAUGUGCUCCAGCGGCCGGUCUACCUACACAGUACGCAAAUAGGUUUAAUCCCUGUACCGGAGAAGUUUACCAAUGCGGAGAUCAGCAAAUGCCAAUUAGAAGACCACCAGGAACGGGACAAGUACCUGCCAAUAAUCAAUUUAUUCAGGGUACAGGCAUGGGUUUUGCCACCAAUAAUCAAUAUAAUCCGUAUAAUGUGGCCCAAGGAACAUUCCAACCACAUCCAAUAGAUCAAAGGCCAGUCACUCAAAAUAGUUCCUCAGCGGGAAAAUCACCAGCUUAUAGCAGCAAAAAUCAAGCCACGCACUGUGAGCCCAACAAUCGAACUUAUACCAAUAAUGCUCCCCAAUCAAGGAGUCAAGUGCGUUCAGGUGUUCCCCGAGCUGAAGUCGUAAGCCAGCAGAGUCAAUUCACAUAUUCAAGGCCAGUUCCCCAAUUGCAGCCUCAACUGGCGACUGGCCCCAGAUCCAAGUCGCUAAAUCAGCGAAGCCCAUCCAGGGGAGAUCAUUCAGGCAGAGCUCCAAAUCAAGCCAAUAAUUCUCCUGAAAAUGUUCAGGUUAGUCCAAGGGCUCAGAGGUCCAAGUCGCUCAAUCACCGCAGCGAGUCGAGAGAAGGUCGUUCGGGUAAACCAAAUGCUGGUAGAACCCCAUCCUCCCCCCAUCAUUCUAAAAAUGGUGGAGAAAGAAAUAUAAAUUCUAGGUCCAUGCCCAAGUCAAUGGCAUCCGCGGGUGAAGUGCGUGCACGUGACAACAGAUCGCACGACUCCAGGAAUCGAAAUAAAUCCGUAGGAGCACCUUCCAACAGACCACCUGUGCCUUAUGGCCAACAGAAUGUGGGCAUGGGCAUCGACCCCUCCAAUCAGUAUUAUCCUUACAAUGAUUGUGCUCCACUUAAUGCCACAUUUGUCCAAGACUUUAAUGCCUUUCAUGGUCAGCCAGCUCAGGAUGUGAAUAGACCGCAAUCCGCGAGAGCACCCCACUUAUCAAAGGAAGGACCCAAAAAGGAUAGAAAUUCGAACAAAGUUCCGUCAAGCUCAAAGGCAGCCAAUGAGAAAUCCAUUAAAUGCUAUUGCACUCGGUUUGAUCCCAACAAUCAAUAUUAUCCUUACUACAUUUCCGAGGAAUCUGAUUGCUCGCUGGGUGAAAACGCAAGAUCUGGAAAAAAGCAGACGCAGGAGAAGACCUGCUCGGAGCUCCUCAGCCGCAUCACCGAGUCCUGUCCUCCGUGUGAUCUGCAGAAGUGGUGUCACCUCCUGAUGCCGAAGGACAAGGGCAAAAAAUCGAAGCCGCCUGCCAAGAAGAGUAUAAAAACGAAUGACUCAAGGGCCAAGAGCAAGAUGAGCGAGCACAGCGGCAAGCAAAUAGAAGAUACUAGGACAUAUCCCGAAACAUCAGCACACGAAUCUCCGGUAGAGGAUGAUGCCGACUGCCCCAACUGUAACUGCAAGAAACCAUGCCCGUCGCCUCCGACAAAACCAGAAAUGCGCAGCUGCAGCUGCUCCGCCAAUUUGCCUGAGGAAAACGAACCCCCACCAGCAGCUGCUCCUGCUCCAGCUGCAGUAAAUACCGGUUGCAUGCCCUGCUCGAACCAAUGCCCUUGGUCCUGGUACUACAAUCCCUGCACCGGCUGCUACUACUACUGCGCGAAUUGCUGCAAUGGCUGUCGUAAUUGCUGCAAUUACUGCUGUAGUCCGGGCGGUCGCUGUUGCAGCAACUCCGCUGCUGCUCAGCUGGAGAAGAUCCCUCCGAAGCCGAAGCAAAAGGAAAAGCCACCAACAACGUCCACCAGCACGCGGAAUUCCGGCGGCGCAACUGUGACUCCGGGGAGCUGUGAGCCGCCUCCUUCCUUUGCACCCUGGCACCUUCCAACGCAAACGAUUUCAACCAUGCCAGGCUAUUGUCCGACUGCCUCGCCGCACUUCAGCUCCCCAUACAGUGGGCGGUGGGAGGCUGGCGGCGUCGACAUUCAUCGGAACAAUCACCGGAAUAGCCAAGGUCCUUGCCGCAUCAACUGCGUGCGCCAUGUCUAAAUUACACGUUGAAUAUUUUUUACAUUUUCACACAAGCCUAUCUAUAAUUAAAGAUUUCUAAAAUGUA